AUGCCUUACAGUGCCUACAGAUUGCAAGGAGGAAAUGGCCAGAACGCCUUAUUUGUGAAGUGCGAAAAUUGUUUCCAGUGGACAUCCCGCAUUUCACAUGAACAACGAUACUUCGUACUUUACGUGCCCUCCUCAUCCUCUCAGUCACAGUCUCUCUCAUCUGCCUUUGAUCAGCCUGCUUAUGGGAGAGUGUCAGAAUGGAGGACGGACAAUCGAUUGAAAGUCGAGCGCACCUCUUCUCGCAUUCAUUCACCAUUUUUAGGCUUAGCGUGUGGUGGUGGUGGUUUCGUGUUACGAUCUCGUUGGCGUCUUCCAGUUCUUUGCUCGGUUAUACAUAAUUAUGCACUUGCUAUUUUAUCUCAGAACAAUUGGAAAGAUUGGCCUGAGGUCGUGGAAUGGUUGAAUUCUGGAUCCUUUCGGCAGAUCUUAUUCUGUAUCCUUACAUUUUUCGAUCAGUCGCGUGUUUUUGGAAACUUGCCUUACAGCGCAAGAGAGGAAGAUGUGGCAAAUUUCUUCUGGCAAGUUGGUCCGGUAACCAGCGUGCGUAUCGUGCUGGAUCGGGAUACAGGUCGUCCGCGUGGUUUCGGUUUUUGCGAAUUCGAAACGGAGGCAGCGGCGGAGCAGGCUGUUGGAAGUAUGAACCAUGCAGAAUUUAUGGGACGUCAACUUCGUGUUGACCGUGCUAUUUCUCGAUAA